CAGCUGGUCAAAGCGGGACCCAUGGUUGACCGAUUCACGGAUCGAAGGGACACGAAGGGAAGAGGCGCAGAUUGAGAUCAUCCGGGCUCGCCUUAUUGUCUGACCCUAAACAUCCUACGCCAAUCUCUUUUGGAUAUCAAGUCGAAGUUGGAUUGUCCAGCUCAUCUCCUUCGCGGGAUGUUCCGACCUGCACGCAAUCAUUCAUCCGCUGAUUGGCUCGUAUAUUUAAGAAUCGCAUCGAAGGAACAUGUCAUCAGGUCGGUCUUUUUCAGCUUCCAACCCCACUUUCCCAUCUCACGGUAUGCAGAUCCGAUCCAAUCCCUGUUUUCCUUUCCUCUGUUGUAGAUGAAAAGUCGGGUUCUUCGUGUCUCCUCUUUUGAUUUGCUUAGAUAGGAGCGUGUCGAUGUUUGCUUCCUGCGGCGUUCUUUCUUUUUGAAGGACUCCACUUUUCUCCCUGCACGCGAUCUGUCUGAUCUUGGAUUCUUCGACUUCAAAUCGAAGUUGUUGAAGCAAACGAAGGAAAAAGGGAAGAAUAUUGAAGAGGGAGUUCUUUUGUUGCAGGCUGAGAGCAUUUUACUUUAGUUGGUUGAUGUUCUAGGAGUCCAAAUAUACUGGUGGUUUGCAUUAAAAUAUGAUUUUAGGUUAGGGACUUUGAUGGGGUUUGAAUAAGGAGAAUAUAUGACCAUGGAUCCUUUGAACUUUGAUUGCUCUGAUUGUAUCAAUGUAGAAUAUCUUCCAAUAGACAGCCGUGCCUUUUCACCUAAUCCAGAUCAGUACCCGAGUCUCUCAGAUGGUUUCUUUUUGGAUGACCCUUUUCUAGACCUUAAAUCCUCAGAUAGUGCUUUUCUUUCGAAUAAAGUAGACCCAGCCAAUGAUCUCCCCUCGAAAUCUGUUGACCUCGAUAUUGGAGAUUUAAUCUUUCCCAUGACAAGCGUGAGCUCAGGUGGAGGCCCAUUUGGUCCAUCUAUGAUCUCGAGUAGUGGCCUGAGUCCAGGGGCAUAUUCCCUCUCCCCAUCAGGGGACACUGGCUCAUCGGAUCCUGUUCUAAAGUACAUAAGUCAGAUGCUUAUGGAAGAGAACAUGGAGGAGCAACCGUGGGAAUUUGCUGAUCAGGUUGCUCUGCAGAAUGCUGAAAAGUCAUUGUAUGAUGCCCUUGGUCAGCAGCAUUCAGAGGUGUCUGAUCAGAGCCCCUCACAGCUUGAUUUAAGCCAUUAUAUUGAGAGCCCAACUAGCAGCGUUUCUGGGAGUAGCAGUGCUCGUGGAAACCACGAUGCUACAAGCGUUACAGUUAGCUCUUGCGACUCAGCUGAUGCUAAUAUUCUUUACACAAUCGAAGAACAUAGCCAAGCUGUGCAGGAAAAUUCUGACCUGGACUUCCAGUCGAAUGUGGAUUCCAGUUCGCAGUUGUUGUCCAAUUCUUCAAGCAGCAUCACGAAUUCUGAUGAUUGGUCGGAGGAAUCUUUGCAUGAGUUUCUUGUCAAGAGCAUUUUCAGUGAUAGUGAGUCUAUGAUUCAGUUCAAGAAAGGAUUAGAGGAGGCCAGCAAGUUCCUUCCUACCAACAGUCAAUUAGGAAUUAACCCAGAGGACAGCAAACUGCCAUUGGAAAGAAAGAAGGCAACCCCAAGAACGUGCAUCAAUAAGGAGAUCAACAUGAGGCGCUCAUCUGAUGGAUCCAAGGGAUUGAAGAAUCACGAGAGGGACGAGGAUGCUUUUGAGGAAGGCAGGGCCAAUAAGCAAACAGCCUUGUACACAGAAGAUAGUGAGCUUUCGGAUUUGUUCGAUAAGGUGUUGCUCUGCAACUGUUCUGGCGUUAAAUCUGCGGAGACAGGGCUGAGCAAAGACAUACGGCUGCAAAGGAAUGAGCGCAACUAUUCUGGGGACAUAUCCGCAGAGACAGGGCUGAGCAAAGACAUACAGCCACAAAAGAACAAGCGAGGUUCCAAUAGAGGUAGGGGUCGCGGUAAGAAGCAGGGAAGCAAGAAUAUUGUUGACUUGAGAACUCUUCUGAUUCUCUGUGCACAAGCCAUCUCUACAAGUGAUUUCAGGACUGCUAAUGAAUUGUUGAAGCAGAUUAGAGAGUACUCUUCCCCAUCUGGCGAUGGGUCUCAAAGAUUGGCCCAUUACUUUGCCAAUGGGCUAGAGGCACGACUGGUGGGCAGCAACAGUCGAACACAAGACUUUUAUUCUACUGUUGUUGCCAGGAGAACCUCAGCAGCCGAUGUCUUGAAAGUUCUUCACCUUCACAUUUCAACAUGUCCGUUUAAGAAGCUCUCCAUUUUCUUUGCAAAUUACAUGAUUUUGAAAAUAGCAGAGAAAGCCACUACGCUUCAUGUAAUAGAUUUUGGCAUUCGGUUUGGUUUUCAGUGGCCAGUCCUCAUACAAAAGCUCUCUUCUCGAUCAGAAGGGUGCUGUAAACUGCGCAUCACGGGCAUAGAGCUUCCACAGGCUGGUUUGCGCCCGGCAGAAAGAAUAGAGGAGACAGGUCGCCGUUUGAAAAAGUAUUGUGAGCGUUUUAGUGUCCCUUUUGAAUUCAACUUCAUAGCAUCCAGGAAUUGGGAAUCCAUCAAACUUGCGGAUCUCAAGAUUCGAAGCAAUGAGACAGUUGCUGUGAAUUCCUUAGACAGGUUUCAGAAUCUCUUUGACGAGACAGUUGAGGACAACAAUCCACGAGAUGCUGUGUUAAAUCUAAUUAGGGAAAUUAAACCGGAUAUUUUUGUUCAUGCUAUAAGUAAUGGCUCCUACAAUGCGCCGUUUUUUGUGACAAGAUUCCGAGAGGUACUUUUUCAUCUUUCCGCAAUAUAUGAUAUGUUCGAUGCUACUUUAGAUGCUGACUGCGAAGAGAGUUUGGUUUUUGAGAGAGAGUUAUAUGGACGGGAAAUUAUGAAUGUCAUAGCAUGUGAAGGUUUGGAAAGGGUAGAGAGACCGGAAACUUACAAGCCAUGGCAGGUUCGUAUUAUGAGGGCUGGAUUUAAGGCGCUUCCUCUGGACCAAGAGCUCAUGAAGUUGUUCAGGGGUAUGAUGAAAGAAUCGUACCACAAGGAUUUUGCGCUUGAUGAAGACGGCAACUGGAUGCUGCAAGGUUGGAGAGGUCGGAUUAUCUAUGGCUCCUCCUGUUGGGUGCCCAUUUAGGAUAGUUGAAAAAAACUGUUUUCUGUCAUGACCUGUACAUCACAGGGAUUCUUCCCGGCUCAACAGGUCAUGGAUUUGUAAUAGGGUAGCUCAGAGUGGACUUAUUUCCGGCUCCUCUGUUUGGGCAUGUAUUUUUUUACUUGCAAACAAUUUUGAGUCUGGAACGUUUGCUUUACUAUUUAUCUAAUUCUUGAGAUAGGAAGAUACAAUUUGCAGCUUCUAUGCCACACGGCAUUGUGAAUUUUGCUGAUAA